AUGUGCUUCAACAACGAGAGUAAUAUUGAGAUAUCACAGACUGUCAAACGUUGCUUGUCAAAUAAACGAAAAUCCAAAGCAAUCAUAAAAACUCCAGUAGGUAAGCGGCGUUCACGGAGCUCCUGUGUUAAGAUGGGUAACUACGUGUCGCUGUAUCUGACCAACCCGAAGGGAACUCCGCUGCCGCUAACGGAACCGAGUUUCGAUCCGAACCUUGGCUUUCCCAAUGGCCGAAAGGAACGGGUAAUGAUCGCUACUGAGGAAGAAAUGGAGGCUGCAAAGUUACCCCUUGAAGCCCGGGAUUACUGUGCCCACAAAUUGAUAGAGUACCGUGCAUGCCGAACUAAAGUAUGGCCAUGGGCGUACAAAUGCGCCCACGAAAAGCACGACUAUCUUAACUGCGAAUAUGAUGACUACAUCCUCCGGCUGAAAGAAUACGAACGUGAGAAGAGAUUGCUUCAACGGAAAAUGAAAAUCGAAAAGAAACAGGCUCAAGAGCUGCACGCUUAA